AUGCUUCCAGAGGCUGAACUUCUCGUGGUCGUCGUUGGUUUUAUAAUAGCUCUUGCCUUGGCUUUUGGUAUUGGUGCAAACGAUGUUGCCAAUUCCUUUGGAACCAGUGUUGGGUCGAAGGUGCUUUCUUUACGAUCAGCCUGCAUAUUGGCAACAAUUUUUGAGAUUUCCGGGGCUGUUCUCCUUGGUGGCCAGGUUUCAUCUACCAUUCGAGGUGGAAUUGUUAAAUCAGACCUUUUUAAUGAAACUAAAAAUGGGGCAAUUACUCUAAUGUACGGUCAAGUUGCCUCGCUCGCAAGUUCCUGUAUCUGGAUGCUCGUGGCAACAUUCUUUAAACUGCCAGUCUCAGGGUCCCAUAGUAUUGUUGGAGCUACAGCUGGCUUUGGACUUGUUCUUUUCGGAUUGAAUGGCAUUCAUUGGAUGGAAAUUCUGCGCAUUGGCACGUGCAGUUUCGUAAGGACUAGUUAUUGGUGCGUUUUGUGUAUGUUUUCUAAGAAUCAGCCAUUGGAGCCGGCUUUAUAUACAUUGCCAUUCAUCUACGGAAUUAUUGUGUUGAUCAACCUCUUCUCUGUUCUCUCCAGUGGACUGAGUAGACUAAGGCACCGUAUGGCUGAAGGUUGCAAAGAGGUCGAGGAGUCGUCCACAAGCAAAUUCAGGAGGCGGGCUCUCACUUUUUUCCAGAGGCUGCGACAUCCCCACAAAGCAACAAGUAAAACAUCACAGGACAUAGUCGCACAGCCAACUGAUGAUCAUGGUUUCUCAGUCUUUGUUCAUGCCACUCAGCUUGAUUCUCUUGGUGUUAAUAGCGAGGGAACUGGGGAUGAAAAUCUGCCUGAGACGUCUUUGAAUCAAACUGUUGUCGAAAGUUCAGGGCCAGGCUUAGGAUCUGACUGCUCCAGUUCCGCACAAACGCCGAUAGCGAGAGCCAACACUGUUGACAUCAAGUCUGAGGGGUCGCCGUUGGUAGAAGACAGACCAGAAGAAGCGCUUGUUUUCUCGUUUGCCCAGGUUCUCUCGGCCGUCUUCGGUUCCUUUGCUCAUGGUGCCAAUGACGUGAGUAAUGCCAUUGGUCCCGUAGCAGGCCUCUGGCUAGUGGCUGUUACUGGUGACCCUCUGAACUCCGAUCCAGCUCCUGUCUGGAUUCUUCUCUAUGGUGGUGUCGGCAUCUCAUUUGGUCUCUGGAUUUGGGGACGAAAAGUCAUGGAGACCGUGGGAACGGAUCUAACCACCAUCACCCCGUCCAGUGGCAUGUGCAUAGAGCUCGGAUCAGCCAUAACGGUACUUGUAGCGAGCAACUUGGGCAUUCCCGUAUCGACGACGCACUGCAAGGUCGGCUCCGUUGUCUGCGUGGGUCGCAUUAGGUCCAAGUCAAAUGUCAACUGGAAACUCUUCCUCAACAUUGUGAUUGCCUGGGUAGUCACCCUUCCGGUUUCAGCAGGCCUUUCGUCCCUCAUCAUAAUGAUAGUGCUGCCGGCAACAGAACUCGUUAUUGUCGUUGUGGGCUUUCUAAUUGCAUUUGUGCUGGCAUUCGGAGUUGGUGCAAAUGACGUGGCAAAUUCAUUUGGAACUAGUGUUGGUUCCAAAGCUCUUUCUCUUCGCACUGCCUGCAUACUUGCAACAAUCUGUGAGCUUGCUGGGUCUAUUCUUCUAGGAGGACGUGUUUCGAGCACAAUUCGGAAGAAUAUUAUUGAUUUGGGGCAAUUCAAUGCAUCUGCGAAUGGCACUGACCUCAUGCUUUAUGGUCAUCUUUCCGCACUUGGGGGCUCGUGUAUUUGGCUCUUGCUUGCGACCCUUUUCAAGCUUCCUGUCUCCGGGUCUCACAGUAUCGUUGGCGCCGUGAUUGGAUUUAGCUUAGUCCGAUUCGGAAAAGAUGGUGUAAACUGGAGUAAAGUUGGAGAAAUCGUGGGUUCUUGGUUCCUUUCACCGAUCGCCAGUGGCGUGGUUUCUACGAUAAUCUUCUUUUGUAUUAAGAAAACUGUCCUUGAAAAGGAUAAACCACUUACACCAGCACUAAUGACCCUUCCUUUCCUCUACGGAAUCAUCAUUGCCAUCAAUACGUUUGCCGUCGUUAUUGAAGGACUUAAAAGUAGGAAGUGUUUUGGUGUUCAUCUCCCGCUCUGGGCAAUCAUAGUGACGCCCGUUGCAUCAGGUCUUGCAACGGUUGUCAUUGUCCUCGUUCUCGUGAUUCCACUUCAGCGUAGACGUGUUCAGGAAAACAAACUUGCGAAAUCCACCAUCGGCGGAAAUGAUUCAGAAGCUGAUCUUCUUAAAACUCUCGAUUCAACCGAAAGCAGCGUCCGUGUGUCGUCACCCAAGAAGCAAACUAAAGCCUUGUUAUUUUCUUCGCAGACACAGGCUGGAUUGCUUAAAGACCGCCCAGAAGAGGCGAUGGUGUUUUCCUCCGCUCAGGUCUUGACAGCGAUGUUUGGAUCAUUUGCCCAUGGAGGGAACGACGUCAGCAAUGCAAUUGGACCUUUAAUUGGUCUGUGGAUUCUCAUAACUACUGGGGAAAUUGAUUCAAACGUCAACACGCCAAUCUGGAUUCUGGUCUAUGGAGGCGUAGGGAUAUCAGUGGGCCUCUGGAUUUGGGGCCGUCGUGUUAUCGAAACGAUUGGCGAAGAUCUCACAACAAUUACUCCUUCUAGUGGCGUUGCAAUUGAGAUCGGUUCUGCUCUCACAGUUCUUAUCGCGAGCAACCUGGGUCUGCCUAUAUCAACUACCCAUUGCAAGGUUGGGUCCGUGGUCUGCGUUGGUCGCUUCCGGUCAAAGGAAAACGUCAACUGGCGUCUCUUUUUGAACAUCUUCAUGGCAUGGGUGGUAACGCUUCCCGUCUCAGGUGGUACCUCCGCUCUCCUGAUGUGGAUCCUCACUCGACACAUAUCCUAG